UUCUCGUUUCAUCUGAGAAGCAAUGUGAGGGGAAGCCAAAGGAGAGGAGUAAAAGACUUGUCUGCUGACACAAAGAGGCACUCUGAGGGGCAGAAUAAACUCUGCUGUCGGAAUUGGUGAGCUUUCUCCCUCGGUGCAGUAACAACGAUGGAGGUGUACCUUGCAGCCCUCAGCAUCUUAUUGGCCAGUCUCCUUCUGCUUUUCUUUCUUCUUCCCAUCCUGCUUAAAAGCAACAGCAGGGCAGCAAUCUUCUGGCACACUGUCCUGGAAGAGAAGAUGGCAGAGCUUAUGACUGGGACGAGCAGAGAGAGCAGAAUUUUAGAAUACGUGUUGCGAAAUGCUGUGCGAGGUGAUGCAAAGAGCGUAGUGGACAACAUCGACAACUACUGCAGGGAGAAGGAGUGGGCGAUGAAUGUAGGGGAUGAGAAAGGUGCAAUUUUGGACCGGGUGUUGGAAGAGACAAACCCUUCAACGGUACUUGAGCUGGGGACCUACUGUGGUUACUCAGCUCUACGCAUGGUCUGUGUGCUUAAACCUGGUGCUCGCCUACUGACCAUCGAGUUCAAUCCCACCAGUGCACGGGUUGCAAAGCAAAUCUUCCACUUCGCUGGAGUUGAGAACAAGGUGGAACUUCUGGAAGGUGCAUCUGAUGACAUUAUUCCUCAACUGAAGAAUCAGUGCAGGGUGGACACAGUGGAUUUUGUUUUCCUCGAUCACUGGAAGGACCGUUAUCAACCUGAUACCCGGCUCCUGGAGGAAUGUGGUCUGUUGAGAGAAGGUUCAGUUCUCCUGGCAGACAAUGUCAUUUCACCAGGAGCCCCAGAAUUCCUGCGGUAUGUGCGGAACAACCCUCGCUACGAGUGCACUCACUACGCUUCUCACCUGGAAUAUACAAAGUUAAAAGACGGAAUGGAAAAGGCUGUUUUUAAGGGCUAAAAUGUGCAAGAAAAGUAAAUUGAGAGUGGUUGUAAAAGUUCUCACGUGCUGUUAUACCAUGUACGUGCAAAGUGUGUACACGUGAUCAUUUCCAGCCUCUGGACAUCCAGAACACCUCGUGUUUGUGUUUAAG